AUCUUCUCGGCUGUAGCAGCUGCGAAGAGAGACUGUGAGGGAGAGAGAGAGAUAUGGUGUCGCUCAAGCUACAGAAGCGGCUCGCCGCCAGCGUCCUCAAGUGUGGGAGAGGGAAAGUUUGGCUUGAUCCAAAUGAAGUCAACGAUAUCUCCAUGGCCAACUCCCGUCAGAACGUCAGGAAGUUGGUUAAGGAUGGUUUUAUUAUCAGGAAGCCAACUAAGAUUCAUUCUCGUUCCCGUGCACGCCGCAUGAAGGAGGCCAAGAGAAAGGGACGUCAUUCUGGAUAUGGUAAGCGUAAGGGUACAAGGGAGGCAAGGCUGCCGACGAAAGUUCUAUGGAUGAGAAGGAUGCGUGUUCUAAGGCGCUUGCUUCGCAAGUACAGGGAAUCUAAGAAGAUUGAUAGGCACAUGUACCAUGAUAUGUACAUGAAGGUGAAGGGUAAUGUCUUUAAGAACAAGCGAGUUCUAAUGGAGAGCAUUCACAAGUCCAAGGCUGAGAAGGCAAGAGAGAAGACUUUGUCCGACCAAUUUGAGGCUAAAAGGGCAAAGAAUAAGGCAAGCAGGGAAAGGAAAAUCGCUAGGAGGGAAGAGCGUUUUGCGCAGGGUCUUGGGGGAGACAAACCAGCUGUUGUCCCACCACCAGCUGCAGCUCAACCAACCGAGGUAUCCAAGAAAUCCAAGAAGUGAGGAAGCUGUUAUAAUUUCUGACCUGAGAUUUUCAAGUUGUCCUGUUACUCAUGCAGAUCAGUUUUGUUAAGUCGGUUUCUGUUAUCUUUUUUUGGGACAUUGUUAUUACUCUAUAUUCCGUCACUUUGUGCCCUAGAAUAUCGUACGAAUAUUUUGAUAUUGAGCUUACUUGUGUUGCUCUGCCAUUGCUCUGUUGAAUGCGUUUCAUAUUCUUGAUGUUUGUUUUUCU